AUGAAAGUUCAAUAAAAGAGUAUAAAUUUUAACACUGUAAAUUUUCAAUUACCUCGAGAUGUCCAAGAAGAAGGAGCAAUCAAAGACAUAGAAUCAUUUGAAAUUUCUUUACCUAAAUUAAUUUUUAGUUAUAUUUUAUAUAUAUUAAGUUUUGGAAUUGUAUAUUUAUUUACGAGAUGGUCUUUAAGUUUUAGAAUAUAUUUAUAAAUGAUUCCUUGCAUACCGAAAAAUGCUUAAUUUUUAAAGAUAAUUUCCUUAGAUGAAACUGAAUGUAUUGAAAAAGUAUAUUAAAAGUAAAUGAAGAUAAACGAAAAUGAAAAAACUUAUAUGGUGUUUACAUUUAGACUAUAUAAAUAUUUUUAUGAUUAAAUACAAAAUGUAUUUAUUCCAAUAGAGUUUACAUUAAAUUAAAUGAUAAAUAAUGAUAUCCACAAGCAAUAUACAAAAGGGAUAAAAACAGAAUAAGAAUUAAAAUAAUUUUAAUAAAUAUAUGGAGAAAAUAACACAUAAAUACCAGAUAAAUCAAUAUUAAAAAUAUUUAUAGAUGAAGUAUUGUCACCUUUUUAUUUAUUUUAAGUAUUUAGUGUAGCUUUGUGGUACUUGGAAGACUAUUAUUAUUUUGCUGGUGUGAUUUUCUUUACAUCUGUAAUAUCUAUAAUUGUAAGCUUAAAUGAUGCAUACACUAACUACCAAAAAUUAAAGAAAAUGUCAUUUUUUGAAACUAAAGCAUAUGUAUAUCGAUACUCUUAGGACUAAAUUUAAAAUGAAAACGGAUAAUAUUAAUUAUUUGAAAAAAUAAAUUUAAAAAAGUAAAAAAUAAGCUCUUUACAUUUAGUUCCAGGAGACCUUAUUGAAAUUUCAGACGGAGAAAUUAUGCCUUGUGAUACAAUUCUUUUAAAUGGAUAAUGUGUUAUGAAUGAAUCUAUGCUUACAGGCGAAUCUAUUCCGAUAAUCAAGUCAUGUCUCCCACAUAAUAAUAAUAUAUAUAAUGUUAAUGAAGAAGGAAAAUAAUGCACUUUAUUUGCAGGUACAAAAUGUAUUGAAACUAGAUUUUAUUAAAAAGGAAAAAUGCCUGUUCUUGGUUUAGUUUCUUAAACCAGCUUUUCGACAAUGAAAGGAUAAUUGGUACGUUCUAUACUUUAUCCUAAAUAAAAUUAGUUUAAAUUUUAUGCUGAUUCACUUAAAUUUAUUGCUGUUUUGUCUGCUUUGUCUGUUUGUGGGUUUCUCCUGUCACUCAAAUAUCAAUUAGAAGGUAUUAAGGAAGGCUAUAUUGAUAUAAAAUUUAUGAUUCUUCAUAGCUUUGAUCUUAUUACUAUUACUGUUCCUCCUGCUUUGCCAACAUGCUUAUCGAUUGGAAUUAGCUUUGCCCUUUAAAGACUUAAAAAAAUAAAAAUUUAUUGUAUUUCUCCCCCAAAAGUUAAUAUUUGUGGAAAAGUCACAAUUAUGUGUUUUGAUAAAACUGGAACUUUGACAGAAGAAGGACUUGAUAUGUAUGGAAUUAGACCCGUAAUUUAUCAAAAGUAGAAUAAAAUAAAGUUUAUCAAACUUUAAACAGAGAUUAAAUAUAAUUAUUAAGAAAAAUAAAUUGAUUUUGGAAAGAUUUUUGGUAAAGAAAAUGCAUUUUUUUAAAUUCAAAGAGAUACGGAAAAUACGUUUUUGGAAUGUAUGGCUUCUUGUCAUAGUUUAACAAGAGUAAAAGGAGAAAUUAUAGGUGAUCCUUUAGAGAUAAAGAUGUUUGAAAGUACAUAAUGGGAAUUAAUAGAAAGUAAUUUAGAAAACAAAUACGAUGAAUUAAUUUCUGCAAUUGUUUAGCCUGUUUCUCGUCCUGAAAAAGCUAUUGGAAUUUGUAAUAGAUUCGAAUUUUCAUCGAAACUACAAAGAAUGAGUACUGUAGUUAAAAAUUUGGAAUAAAAAGACAUAUUUAGGUUACAUGUAAAAGGUUCUCCUGAAAAAAUAUUCGAGUUAUGUAUUCCUAGUACUAUUCCUGAAAAUUUUCACACAGUUUUAGACUUUUAUGCAAGAAAAGGAUUCCGUGUUUUGGCCUUUGGGAUAAGAGUCUUUAAAGCUGAUUAUAGGUAAAUUUUGAAAAUGGAAAGAGAAUAAAUGGAAUAAAUGCUUACUUUUGUUGGAUUAAUUAUAAUGGAAAACAAACUAAAACCAAUAACUUCUUAAAUAAUAUAUCAACUUUAAUCAGCAAAUAUUCGCACUAUUAUGGUUACAGGAGAUAACUCUUUAACUGCGAUAAGUGUGGCAAGAUAAUGUAAUAUUAUAUAUAAUGAUUAGAGAGUUUAUUUUGGGGAUAUGUAAGAUAAAAAGGAAUUUGAAAGACAAAGAAUUAUUUGGAGAGACUUUGAGAAUUCCGAUAAGAUAUUAGAUGAUGAAAACUUAGAACCUUUAAAUGGAAUAAGUGAAUAUAAAGAAAAAAAUGAAGAAAUAGAGGAAAUUAAGGAAGAAAAGUAAUAUUUUGAAUAAUUGGAAUAAUAAUAAGAUUAUGUAAGUGAAAUUAAUAGUUCGGUUAUAAGAAGAUAAAAUAGCGCUUUAAAAAAGGUUAAUUUAUCAAGAAGUGUGAGCAAGAAGAAUUCUAUAAAAAUAACAAAUAAUCAAAAUAUUUUAAAUAACGAAGAAAGUUUAUACUCUGAAAUUUUUCCUUGGUAAAAUUAAGAAGAUUUCACAUUGGCUAUAACAGGACGAGUUUUUUAAAAAAUGAUUGAAGAUUCAAGUUUAAAUUAGAAUAAAUUAAAUUUAUUCAAUAUUAUGUUAUAAAAAACUUAAGUUUUUGCUAGAAUGAAACCAGACUAAAAAGCUUAAUUAAUUCAACAUUUAUAAAAUCUUAGUUGGGGACCUACAUGUGGAAUGUGUGGAGAUGGGGCUAAUGAUUGUGGCGCUUUAAAAACUGCAGAUAUAGGAAUUUCAUUAUCAGAUGCAGAGGCAUCUAUUGCAGCUCCAUUUACUUCUAAAAUUUAAGAUAUAUCUUGUGUAAUUUAAUUACUACUAUAAGGAAGAGCAGCUCUAGUUACAAGUUUUUCUUGUUUUAAAUUUAUGGCUCUAUAUUCAACUAUUUAAUUUACUACAACUACAAUAUUGUAUAUUGUACAUUCUUUACCUUCUGAUUUCUAAUUUUUGUAUUGGGAUUUGUUUAUAAUUAUACCUCUUGCUUUCUUUAUGGGUCUAACUGACGCAGAAGAAAUUCUAUCAAUAUAGGUUCCUUCGUCAAGAUUAAUAUCAUUUUAAGUACUUUUUUCGGUUAUAAGUUAAUCACUAAUAAAUAUAAGUUUUUAAGCAGGAGUAUUUUAAUAUCUCAGAAACUAAAAAUGGUAUCUUUCAGCAAAAGAAGCACAUAUAUAUAUAGGUGAUUUAAAUGAUGAAAUAUCGAAAUAAAAGUGUUAUGAAGGAACAAGCUUGUUUUUUUUUAAUAUUUACUGA